UCGAUGAAUAAACAACUGAUGUGAUGAUGAGCUCAUCGAUUAUCAAAACAAAUUCAGAUAUUUCUGUGGCAAAUACGGGUAUAAAUCGGAUUACCAGAGAUGCAGACAAUAUAUACAUUACAGACAACAGGGAUUUGUCACCCGAUAAUAGUAUCAAUUCUCGGAGUCAGCGCUCAGCUUCCGUGGAUUCAAUUGCAUCGAUAGCACAACAGGCGGCACAUCAGCCCUCCUGUUCAUCAGCAAUGACUUCCAUGGAUGAGUUGCCUACCAAAAAAAGACGCAAACAGAGCAAUCCUGUCCGAUACGGCCAGACCUCACACCAAACCAAUAUUCUUCCCAUUGCUUUGGAAACUGUUCCACGAGUUGAUGAUGAAGAAGAUGACGACGAAAGUCUGAUCGCUACCGGAAUGCAAGUUUCAUCACAAUUGCAACGCUCGGGAAGUUUCAGUGAUUUAGAUGAUGACAGCAAUGAUGAUGAAGACAUGGAUGAAGAACCAUCACUUAAUGUAGAACGAAGAAAACUUCUGCAGCCAAGUAUGGCUAAUGUCAUUAAUUUUCAUAAAUACCAAUACAUGUGUCCCCACUGUAACUGUCCUUUUCUUAAUGAUAACGACCUUCGACUCCACAUUGAAGAAGAACACGUACAGAAGAUCUUGGAGAGACAACUGUUCCAUCAGCAGCAGCUCAAUAAAUCUCUAAUGAAUGGUCCGAACCAAUUAAGAGAUUCUUUGAGUGGUUACGAACAAAAUCAAAAUAAAUUCAAUAGUAGUGACUCCCGGAGCGCCAGUUCUAGUAGUGGCAGUAAUAAUAACAGCCCAUUGCAGUCACCUUUGGAGCAUUUAGAAAGAAAGUCAUUUGAUGGAUCAUUACCACUACCUCAUGGUUCCAAUGAUUCCAAUGUUAAAGAAUUUGGCAGUAAUUUCCUUCCAUUUCAAAUGCCGCCAAACAUACCUCCAUUAAUAUCAAUGAAUCAAUCUGGAGGUAAUGUAAUGACAACGACACGUGAAGGUUCCAAAUCUCCCGGUCACUCAACAUCUCCCGGUGCCACACCUUUAUCAUUGGCAAUGUUUUCCAAUCCAAUGGCGCCAUUCUUGUUCCCAAUGAUGCCGAGUGGAGCUAAUACAGGUUCAAACGGAAGUGCAAUGGGCGUCAAUGUGGCAAACGGUGGUCAACAGGUCAGUUCAGGUGGCGUUAGGAUUUUCAAUCCUGAAGCCUAUUGUGAAUUGUGUAACAAAGAGUUUUGCAACAAAUAUUUUCUUAAGACACAUAAAGCUAAUAAACACGGCAUCUAUUCAAUGGACACAUUAGUCGGUCCUCAAGGCUAUGGCCAACCAUUCUUUACGAACACACUUAGCAACAGUUCCGGCCAGUCAUCGACGGCAGCCGCGACAGCUGCCAUGCAAAUGCAACAAUUGUUACAAUCGAGUGCCGGUAUUACACCUACUAGUGAAGCACUGGUAGUGACAACACCUGUGCGAUCCAAUGUUAUUAAUUUGGAGUCUUAUUGUGAAAUUUGUCAAAAAGAGUUUUGUAAUAAGUAUUUCUUGAAAAAACACAAACAAAAAAUUCAUGGCUUAGCAGAUCCACAUAAUAACCAAUCGCAGAGCUCAUCGGCAUCUCCGGGCAGUUGCAGUAACGAAGCUCACAACAAGACAGGUUCACUCAGUCCUUCAUCACCCACUCAAUUGGUACCCGUCUCAACCACACCGCUCAGUAGCGCCCGAUCUCCGGUGGCAUUAGCGGAACGACCGCAACAACAGAUGACACCAUCAAUGGUGAGCUCACAAACCAGUUCCCCAACAAAUAGCUUUGUCUGUGAAAUAUGCAAACAAGAGUUUUCAAACCUAAUAACACUGCAAACGCAUCGCUUUACCGCUCAUUUUCCGACAUCAAUGCAUGUGAUGGCACCCAACCUGAGCGCUAACUUGCAAACCAUUGCCGCUUCACAAGCGACCGGCGAAACGCCUGCGCACACCAUUACCACAUCCGCUAACCGGCUUAUAGUCGGUCCCGUGUCGUCCAUUACAGAGUCCGCCAACUUUGUCUUUACACCCAAUAAGCUGCGAGAAAUGGGUGUCAUUAAUGCCGACGCUUUUUGCGAAAUUUGUUGCAAAGAAUUUUGUAAUAAAUACUUUCUAAGAACCCAUAAAAUCAAUAAACACGGCUUGAGUUUUGACUCUAACUCUUCUACUAAAUCUCAGAACGGACCCAAUUGUGGUGAUAAUAAAGGAGAAGACAGUAAUAACAUGUCUACUAAUGAUAAUGAUGACAGCUUUCUAGAGCCGGGACAGAGAGAUCCGGCAACUUAUAGCAAUGGAUCUGAAUUUUUCAAUGCCAUGUCUGGUAUAAACUCAGAGAUGCAGUGCGAGCUGUGCUCCCGACCCUUUGGCAGUCAUUACUUACUUAAAAUGCAUAAAUUCUAUUCACAUAACAUCCCCUAUAUUAAAGAAGAGGAUAUUAGAAGAGGAUCAAUGACCGCCAGUCCCGGUGCCGGCAGUGAAGUUCCUAAUGAUAUGAAAGGUAUAUCAGAAUCAUUUGACACAACAAAAGAGCUGCAAAUGAGACAACAAGAGAGUGGUAACGGACAGAAUGAUAGCGAUAGCGAUAGCGACUCUGACAGUCCAACUGGUGCUGUCAGUCAAGACCAGGCUAGUCAAGACUUACAGAAAUUACAGUCAAUGAUUAAAGAGCUUAAUUCGCAGUCCAUUUUGGACAAAACGGUGUGCAAUCUUUGUCGACAAGAAUUUGAAAACAAAUAUUUCUUAAGAGUUCAUAUGAUGAACGAUCACGGAGUCAUCACCACUGAUGAGGCCACUCCUAUGGACUCAAAUGCAUUUAUGAGGAAUCUGUUUGAAGGCAAUCGACAGAACUUCCCUUUAUUGCCAACUGCUUUACAAUCGGCUGAUUCCGAAGCAUUUUGUGAUAUCUGUCACCGAGAGUUCUGUAGUAAAUACUUUUUGAAAACCCACAAACAAAAUGUCCAUGGUAUUUAUGAGGGACCUCCUACACCUACCGAAGCAAAUGCACCCUCAUUUCCACAACAAAUUGCAGUUUUCCCAACACACAGAAAGUCGACCGAUGAAGCCGUCAAUCUGGCCAUUUCGCCCAACAGAAAUAAAUCACAAUUAGGUGUCCAACAAAUGAUAAUGUCCUCAAACAAACAGAUGCCUCAAUUGAGCUCUGAUGGAAAGUCACGUAAUGUUACGGGACGUAACUAUUGUAAUAUAUGUAAUAAGGAAUUAUGUAACAAAUACUUCAUGAAGACACAUAUGCUUAAGAUGCACGGUAUCAACAUUGAUGAACAUCCGGUCGAGGCGUCAGCCAAUAGCACCAUUGGUGGCGUCACUUGUGAUAUCUGUCAGAAAGAGUUGUGCAGCAAAUACUUCCUUAAAGUACACAAACAGAACACUCACGGUAUAUAUGAAGAGCCACCGCAACCUAAAGAGCCUCGAAAUGUGGAAAUGUCUUCAACUAAUAGUUCUUUGGCAUUGGGCAUCAAUGAAAAGGAUCCACAAGCCGUUCACGGGAUUGAUCCUAACGAUACAAACAACAGGUAUUUUAGUCAUUAUACAGAAGUGUGUCCACUCUGUGAACGAAGAUUUAAAAGUAUUAAAUGGCUUAAGACUCAUAUGAUUAAUGAUCACUCGGAUAUUGUAUCGAUGAAACCAACUGAUCUAUCGAUGUCCGGUCCAAACGCUGUUACCCCUGAUUUAAGUCGAUUCUGUGUUCUUUGCGGACAGAAUUUUGCUGAUAGGGUUGCGCUUCACAUUCACUUAGUAAAAGACCACCGAACCACUGCUGAAGAAUUAGGUAUUAGUUCAAACAUGACAGUCAUGAGAAACACGCCAUCGGCCACUGAUUUAUCACUUAAAUCAGAUUUACUGCCAAUUGGUUUACAAAUGACACAACAUAUGUCAGGACAGUCACAAAUUAACGGCUCUACAUCUCCCUCAUCGCAAGGAAGCACUGGUAUAACAGCUAUUGUCUCCCAUCACAACUCAAGUCACAACACCAAUCAGUUAAUAAUGAAUAAUAAUAAUACUACUAAUACUACUACUACUACUACUACUAAUAAUAAUAAUAAUAAUAAUAAUAAUUGUCUCAACAAAAUGAUAAGCAUUUCUUCCAACACUUGCACUACUAAUACAAUGACUUCAAUACCGACAACUGCUAUGAUUACAAGUACUACUAAUCCUAUGUUUAACACUAACAUCUCAAAUACAGACACUAAUAAUAUGAUUAAUAUAAAUAAUAACAAUAAUAAUAAUAAUACUAAUAAUAUGAACACUAAUGACAAUUGCAACCAAAUUAUAAACAAUUCAAUUAUGACAAGCAAUGGCUCUAAUUUGAAUUCAGUUAACAUCGGUGUCAUUACCUGUCCUACGAUCUCAACGCCACUUACAUCUUCACCAUCUCUGGUCACAACUGGAAAUACCAGUCCCACACAUACUACGGCUGUAGUCAAAGAGGAACGGUCGCCAUCGGUGUAUGUGUCGAGUUCAUUGUCGUCAAUAAUUAGUAAAAGGACGGGAUGUGGUACUAGGAUAUACCAGUGCUCGUACUGUAAUUACUCGACUCGUUGGUUAUCUAAUCUGUACGCACACGAGAAACGCCAUACAAGACUUAAUACAGAAGCCGACAAAAAGUUUGUUUGUCGUGUUUGUCAUCGCGCCUAUCGAUACAAUCAUUCACUUCAGCGACAUAUGCUUAACCAUCGCUCAGGAGGUCUCAUUAGUCGCGAUAUUAGCGCCGUUGCAAUGUUAGCCUCGAGUUCCUCCAAAGGUCUGUUGUCAAGUGGUUUGCACUCAAAUUCAUCGGAGAAAUUGCUUUCUUAUGACUCGAAAUUGUCUCGACUUUUACCGUCGGGAUCGUUGGUUCGCCCGAAUCGAGUGAAACGCUAUCGCUGUUCAAAAUGUAAUAAAAAGUUUAGGACAAGAGAUCUCUGUUUGGCUCACAUUCAUGUCUAUCACACGGAUAGUCGUAAAAUAAUACUAUCCUCUGCUUCGGGCAAAUUGGCCACUAAUAGGGUGUGUAGAUGUGCUUUCUGUGGGUUUACUACCAGAAACUUUGCACUCCUGAAGAUACAUAUCAAUAAAAAUCACACAAAAAUAACUAAAACUCCUUCCACUGAUCUCACACGACUGACUAACAAAGAGACCGAAAUACCACUUAAUUUGCGAAAGUCUACAGAAACGACACCUAAUGAGGCCCUGUCUUUAGUUACUAAUAAAAAUCAAUCAGCUGUCUCUCCGUCCAUCAGCAGUGAUGACGAUAGUAUCAGUGGAUCUCGACGUGAAUCAAGCGGUCAUUUGACUGUUGCUGGUGGUGAUCAACAGUCUCCACAACUGCCGAUGACAUACGCAAUGCCACAGAGCCCACCACAUGCCGGCUCUUUCAUAAUGCAACCUUUCCUUAUCACUCAACCCGACACAGAGGGUUCGCUCACAAACGACACAUUUGUGCCAUCGCUGGUCUACCUUCCUGUCAGCCAUAAAGUCCUACAACCAGUUAGAGUGGCAUUCAAUCUGACACCAGCUUAAGCUUUGUAUACUUAGACACCAACAUCUAAGGUGUCAAUUCAUGAUUCAUAUGAUUGCAUUCAUAACAAUUGUAUGGAAAAGUUGUGUGGAUCUGGUCUAACAUAACGUGAUAUAGAAAAUCAAAAUAAACAUUCCGUUAUAUUAUUAUUUUUAUGAUUACAUGUGAAACAAAUCAAAAUCAACAUUUAUU